AUGCUUCAAGCCAAACUAAACUUGGACAAAAGUACAGGGCUCACUCAACAACUGAGGCGAUUCUCUGCAGACCAUGUGAAAAUAAAUAAAGAGGAUACUGAUCAAGCCAAGCGUCUGGUAGACAGUUACUUAAAAAAUGGUGUAUUACAGUACAUCUUUGACAAUUCACAACCCCUGUCCAUCAAUAAGCUAGAAUACACAGGAAGCCUGUAUGAGAGACUUAAAACUGAAGCAGCUGAUGAGGUGGAUGUCAUGGUAGUAUUACAGACUGCCAAACAGGAAGUGAUACAAGAGGAUGCUGGGGUCCCUGGUUUUGUUCUGUUAAAGGUAUCAAAAGAUGGUUCACCACUAAAGAAGUAUACAGACACAGAUGGUUAUCUUGUCCCUGAGAAGCUGCGAGCAAGUUGGUUCUUUGGCCUUGUUCAGAAGGCAGUUAAUGAACUUGCUUUACCAGUUCAGAUGGAGGUUAGAGCGCAUGGCCCAGCCGUUCAGCUUGAUAUCACAGACAGCAACUUGGGAAAAAAGCUGUCUGCUGAUUUGGUCCCAACAUUUAGGAUUGGUGCCAUGGACUACUUUGUGGCAAAAUCCUAUACAGGGAACACGGCUGCCACCUGUGAUUGCAAGCUUCUCUGGCGACAGUCAUUCUCACUGAAGGAGAAAGCAAGACUGCAAGGAAUGGAUAAAGAGGAUGGUGGUUGUAGACAUGAACUUCUCCGAAUUAUCAAAAGCAUCAUUAGAGGGGAGGCAACUUUUGCUAAACUGACAAGUUACCAUUUAAAGACAGUAUUUUUGAGGUACAACACUAAUGCAAAGGUUUCAUGGGAUAAAGACAUGCUUGGGGAGAGGUUUAUUGAGUACUUGGAGUUGCUCUAUGCUGCAGUAAAUAGCAAGAUUCUGGAUCACUUCUGGAUUGAAGGGAUCAACCUCUUGGAAAAUGUACCUGGUAAAACUCUGGAAAACAUGGCUUGUAGGCUGCGCAAGAUUUUGGACAGUGACAAAGAAAGGAAUAAAGUCCUUAAAUGUAACAGUAAGUGUCUCUUUGAUUGGUUUCUGCUUUUAUCGUUUUUUACCUGUGUGGUAAUCUUGGGUCUUAACAUAUAAGAAUCUUCUGUACAAAAAAAUAAUAUAUGUGUGGUACCCCUCACUCAUUCCUAGCCAUCUGAACCCUUUAAUUCCCAAAAUCUGAAGGUAAUUCUCCCCUCCAGCUGCUACAGAUUUCCUUGUAAAUUAGUUAUGAGAAUUUGAUGUUAGAUCUAAUAACAACUUGUACCUGAUAAGUUUGAAUAUUCUUUACACCAGCUGGCUGAAUAUUCCAUGGAUAUUAGAAGGAGAAGUUACUUAUUAAUUGCUUGGAGUCUGUGUGGUACUCAGCAAUAACAAUAGUUGACAUUUGUAGGACAAAAGGUUGUAUGGUGGUCAGAGACCUAUCUAAUUUAAUUUUUCCAGGAUCUAAAGUUUGGAAAAAUUAACAUGGCAUAUUAAAACUAGGAACUUUUUAUUCAGUCACAGUUCCAAUGACUACAAAUGGCAAUGGAGUUGAAAACUGUCCAGUCACAUCACCAGGGAAACCAAAGCUAUGUCAACCCAAUAUGCCACAAACUUCUACAGAUCUUUUGCAAGUCUUGCGAAGAUUCCUUGACAGCCUAGGCACAAUUCUCAGUGAAGAUACAAAGUGGUGUAAGGAAAUUGUGGAGCAGGUUGUGAAAGAUGGAGUGCUGAAAUGCUGCAUGGAGGAAUCUGAUCUCAUUAGUAACUUUGAAUAUGGUGGAAGUUUGUAUGAAAAUUUGAAAACCACACAUUCUGAUGCUGAUGAUGCUGUUAUCUUCCUUGCCUUGAACGCAAAAAACAGCCUCAUUGAUUUUGAAGUAAAUGAUGCAGGAUAUGCAGGUAUAAAGGCAACAGAAGAUUCUCCUUACAAAGAGUUUUCCAAUCCAGAUGGUUUCCUUGUGCCUGUAAAAUUCCAAAACUGGCUUUUCAAGCUAGUUACCAGUGCUGUGCAGAGUAUUAACAGUGAAGGAGCUUCAACAAUGUCUUUGAAAGCUUCAAACUCCACUAGUGUGAAAGUUUGCAUGAGUGAGCAGUCGAAGGCUUUGGAGGUUCAGCUUGUGCCAACAUUUCAACUUGGCAGUGAGUAUUUUGUUCCACCAUCUUCUCAACCCAGUUAUCUACCAGUGGGUGUGGUCCAGGACACAGCCUGGAUCAAGUCAUACACCUUAAUGCAGAAGGCCCACCUUAAAGACAUGGACAAAGACCAUGGUUGUCGGCACAGCUUGUUUAAAGUGGUAAGCACAGUUCUCCACAAAGAAGCAACAUUUUCACUUUUAACGUCAUUCCAUCUCAAAAUGGGUCUACUCUGGUACAACAAAACAACCAGUAACUGGGGACAAGACAGCUUAGCAGAGCAUUUUACAGGUUUUGUGACCUUUUUGAGGGAUGCACUUCAAAAGAAAGAGAUUCAACACUUCUGGAUCCAAGAGUUAAACCUGUUGACAAAGAUUUCACCCAAGACCCUUGAAAACAUGCACACCAGGCUGUCAAGAAUCCUUAACAGUGAACAGGAGAGGAGUAAAGUGCUGAAUAUUGAUGGGCUUAAACAGAAACUUUAACUCAAGUUAUCAUUGUUUUGUGAUUUUGUGCAGAAUUUGUUACUGUGAAAAACACAUCUGAAAUAUGGCAACACACAAUGCUGAGCUAAUUGAAGUAUUUAGAGAGUGGUUUUCUAAUGAUGAAAAAAAACAAGA